AUGACCAGGCAAGACCACAUCGCCCCGAUUACUGCACCGCACCAUGGAGGCGGCGACAAGAUUGAAAAGCUCGGUUCUUCCACCGCCAGUCCUCAUGCCGACAACACUUGCGCCGAGUCCGUAGGGGACGAGAAAGUCCAGCCGGCGCUAGACGCUUUCGGUGACGAGACAGACGCCGAAGUGAAGUACAAGACGAUGCACUGGUGGCAGGCCUCAAUGGUUAUGGUGGCCGAGAACAUCUCGCUUGGAAUCCUGUCACUGCCAGCCGUCCUAUCCACGAAUGGACUCGUCGCCGGCGUGUUGGCGCUCAUCGGAAUAGGCUUGCUAUGUACAUAUGGGGGGUACGUACUGUGGCAGUUCCGGAUGCGACAUCCCGAGGUGGCCAACUACACUGAUAUCGGCCAACUAUUGUUCGGGCGGAUUGGCAGGGAAGUAUUUGGGGCUGCGUUCGUCAUUGUCGGUAUCUUCGUCAUGGGUAGCCAUCUCCUGACUUGGACGAUCGCGCUCAACACGCUCUCAAACCACGGGACGUGCACGAUUGUGUUCGGUGUGGUGGGAAUUGUAGUGUUCACCCUCCUGACAAUCCCCCGGACGUUGAAGAAGGUCUCAUUCCUGGCAAUUAUCUCGUUCAUGAGUAUCAUGUCCGCUGUGCUUAUCACUAUAAUCGCUCUUGCCGUCUCCCCCCGGGCCUCUUAUGACGCAAUGUCGGCCACUUUACACCCCUCGCUGCCGACCGCCUUCAACAGCAUGGCCAACGUCGUGUUCGCCUAUGCUGGGCACCUAGCGUGGGUGAGCUUCAUCUCGGAGCUGCGUGACCCCCGGGAAUUCCCAAAGGCGCUCCUAGUUCAGCAAUCGUUCAUGAUCAUUGCGUAUCUUGUCGUCUCCAUCGUCGUGUACCGUUACGGUGGCGAGAAUGUCGCAAGUCCCGCGCUAAGCAGCGCCAGCAAGACGGUGGCCAAGGUCGCGUGGGGAGUUGCUCUUCCAACGAUCAUCAUCGCCGGAGUUAUAUUCGCGCACGUGAUGGCAAAGUAUAUCUUCCUGCGGCUCUUUCGGGACACACCCUACCUGCACAGCCGUGGCCUCGUCGCUUCAGGCACCUGGAUCGGCAUCGGCACCACCGCUUGGGUACUUGCUUGGGUCGUCUCCCAAUCCAUCCCCAUUUUCAGUGAUUUGUUGGGCUUCAUCAGCGCCCUCUUCGGCUCGUGGUUCGGAUUUAUCAUUCCCGGCUAUGUGUGGUUCGUACUGAAUAGGGGCGCGUGGUUCCGUGGCAGUAAGAACAUCGCUCUCACGUUCGUUAACGCUGCUCAAAUUACAAUUGGCUUCGUGGUGUUUGGGCUUGGUUUGUAUUCGUCGGGCAAUUCGAUGGCGACCGGCAGCGUCGGCAAAGUCUGGACCUGCGCUGAUAAUAGUAAUUAA